AUGCAGAAAAACUCAUGUGGAUAUUCGAAUCAAUGUCAAAGAUUCCUUUUGGCUCUAUCUAAGCAUUUAUUCAAUCACAUGUCGAAGCUUUCACUCUUCAAUGCAUUGCUCUUUACGUUGAGUGCCAUAUCAAAGAUCCUUGUCUGCUUCGCUCUGGCCCAUGCUGAAAAACUGGGAUACAAUUACCCAACGGGUAGACCGCUUAAUGGAUUUGGAAAUCGAUUUAAACACCGUGGAAACUCCAAUGCCACCCCAGCACCCACACCAGCUCCCACCCACUCCAACCAGGGAGUUGCCUCUGGGACUAACACUGGACUUGGUGGAUUCCCUGCCGAUGCAGUUAACGGAGACCAACAGUACCAAUCCCUAGCGCCCCAAUCAGAGUUCAACAAAGAGUUCUACUCGUAUACAGCACCCGAAGAUGCCUUUAUGGACAUUGAGGGAGCCGAACGUGCAGCAGCAGCUAUGCGUAAAAAUCUGCGCAUUGUAUUCAUACGGACACCGGAAAACAAUGCUCUCACCAAUGCAGCCUUGCAGUUGGCCAAACAAUCGGCCGAAUCUAAGACAGCCAUUUAUGUGCUCAGCAAGCAGACCGAUGUCUCCGAAUUGGCCAACAAAUUGCAAACAGCUCAGCAAGGCCUGUCUGAGAAGCCCGAGGUACACUUUGUCAAAUAUCGUACGCCAGAAGAUGCUGUGCGUGCUCAGCAAAUCAUUCAGCAAGAGUAUGAUAAUUUGGGUGGCACUUCACGCUACUCGAAUGAAGGCAUUGCUCCCGUAUUGGAUUUUGCCUCUAUAAAUGAGGGUCUCUUGGGACCCGUCAUACCUCAGGCAUCAGACAGUGAUCUUAUUGCACCACCUGCACCAACGAACAACGGAUAUUUGCCUCCUAAGAUAAGGCAUUAG